AUGAAAGCAGGAUCUCUUAAGCUCCCUGAGCCGCCUGUGGCUGGUAAAGUCACUCAUCAUAGCAUCGAGCUGAAAUGGGCUUAUGAAGAUAACAAACCUCGAAACGGUCCACCUGAACACUGGACCCGGUUUUCUGUGGAGCAAAUAGACCCCAAAAAACACACAUUCAAGACAAUAUACUUAGGCUACGGCACCCGUUGUGUUGUAAAUGGAUUGAAAACCAGCACAUCUUACAGUUUCAGACUCAGGAUUACCAGACCUUCAGGAGAAAGCCUUUGUACUCCUGUGGUCUCUGUCAUCACAACCCGAGUGCCAUAUAGUGGUAGGAACCUCCACCAUGCUCUUAACAGGGAAGAUGAAAAGGAGUUGACCACAGUGUUGCAGUCUGGCACAGUCGAUGUGAAUGUUAAGGACAAAAUGGGGUUUAGCCCUCUGAUGGUGGCUGCCCAGAAAGGUUUAACAAGCUUAGUUGACAUUUUAGUGAAACAUGGAGCUGACAUUGGAAUGAAAUAUAGCACUGGAAAAGACAGUCUAAUGAUGGCCUGUUACGCUGGACACCUGGACAUAGUGAGGUAUCUGCGUAGGUGCGGGGCCACUUGGCAGUCAAGGGACAAGAAUGGCUGUAGUCCGCUCCACUGGGCUGUAGAUGGGGAACACAUACCUGUCAUCAAAUACAUGAUCCAGGAUGGCUGUGAGGUGGAUAUGAGGGACAAGAUCUCUUACUGGACCCCACUCAUGCGUGUGUCGGCCACCAGCGGGAACCCUGAAGUGGCCGCUAUUCUCCUCCAAGCUGGAGCAGACGUAAACGUUCGCGACAAACCUGGAAUAACACCACUAAUGGUAGCUGUGUUGAAUAACCAUGAAGAACUAGUAAAACUACUGCUUGACAGUGGGGCAGACCACCAAAUGAAGAAUGAGUAUGGAGCAAGUGCAGCUGAUAUGGCAAAAGCAUUUGGGAAAGAGAACAUCAUAAACUUGCUGAAUAAAAUAAGCCAGACAGAUUUCAACUGA